AUGCAAGAAGGACCAGCGAACGGCAGUGAGGCUACACAGCAGGCUUCGUCGUCCACUGGCGUAGGCGUCUCGCAGGAAGCUUCCUCCUCUUCGUCAUCAUCAGCCGCACCCACCAAUCGCUCAGGCAAACGGGUCCAAGUAGUCGGCGCUCCACCUCCAGGCCCGCCCAUCCCCCGCGAUGGCGCCGAGUCAGACCACGACGACAAUGAGGAUGCGCGCUCAGAUGCAGGCUCAAUAGACUCGGACGCACCGCCUUCCAAACCCUCCGCGCAUCCCGCUACCGCCCCGCCCUCGAGCUCGGACGAUGAUCUCGAAGCGCUCGUCUCUGACCUGACUCUAGAGGACGAAGACCUGGACCUCUCCCACCUCUCACUCAAGACAAGAGAUCUCAGACAGCUCAACUUGCCCCGCUUCGCAAAACAUCUCAAGCGUCUCGUACUGCGGCAAAACCUCAUCACAAAGAUCGGCGCGAGCGACGUAGGUGCGCUGGAGAAGUUGGAGGACCUGGACCUCUACGAUAACUCGCUAGAGAAGACGUACGGCGAUGUCCUCACGGCGGGAUGUCCAAAUUUGAAGUCGCUCGACGUCUCGUUCAAUGCUUUGCGGCAUGCCUCCAACCUCUCCCCUCUCGCCAAGCUCACACACCUCUACCUCGUCCAGAACAAGAUCGCCCGCGUCCGCCCUGGAGACUUUGUCGCGCCGCUGUCCCACUCUCUGGUCAGCUUGGAGCUGGGAGGCAAUAGGUUGCGCAAGAUCGAGGGGCUGGAGGAGGUGACGGGAUUAGAGGAGCUUUGGCUUGGGAAGAACAAAAUUGAGCGUAUCGAGGGACUCGAAGGGAUGAAGAAGUUGAGGGUGCUGAGCAUUCAGUCGAAUAGGAUAACGACGCUUGCCGGGCUGGAGGAGCUCGGUGGGAGCUUGGAGGAACUCUACAUCUCGCACAACGGGCUGCGCUCCCUCGCCGGUCUGGCGCAUCUCCCUAAGCUGCGGGUACUGGACAUUGCGGGCAAUCUCUUGACGAGCCUGCGCAGCGACUCCCCUCCUCCUCCUCCGCUGGGUCCCGGCCUCGAAACGCCCCUCGUCCACCUCGAAGAGUUCUGGGCAAACGACAAUCAGCUCGCUCCCGGCCCGGCAACACUGAGGGACUUGGAAGCUCUGCUAGGCCCUUCGGCUUGCCCACAGCUGGAUACGGUUUAUUUGGAGGGCAACCCCUUCACUAGAGCGGAGGGGAGUGCGUAUAGACGGAAGGUCCAGCUGGCCUUGCCACAGGUCAAGCAGAUUGAUGCUACGUAA